UAACGCUGGGGUCACCACCUCCAAGGAGGAACCUGGAGAGCAGCCGUGGUACCCUAGGAAAAUGUCUUUAGUUCUAGAACCACUAGUCUCCUAGCAACGGAACUAUAGAACCUCCGCAAACAUUUAGGGUGAUGGCAUCCACAUCUGCCAGGAACAACGGAGAAAAAAAGGACAGCUGGCCAUCUCAAGCUGCAGCCGCCUUAGGUGGAGGGCAGAAAGUCUCAUUAUCCCGGUCUGAAGAAUUCCUGAGCCAGAUCAGCGCAGAACUUACAGAUGAAGCACUAUUUAUUGCUCGCUCCCAGGUGAACUCUGCGCCCACCAAGGAAAUGCAAACAAAAGACCAAGGGACUCAGAUAUCAUCUAAACACGUGGUCUUCACCAAGACCCGCGGCACAGACACCCGCUCUGACAGAAAUCGCAGCCGCACCAAGGCACACCUUCUGCCAUCUCCUCGUGAAAAGGGAGUGCUCCCCAAUAGCCUGACGACUGGAGGAUGAGUUCCGCCCUCCCCAGUGCUGCUCUCUUGGCCUCGCCCUCCCCCACUUUGCCCCUCAGUGAAAGCCUCAAAGCCCCUCCUUUGCAACUGGCUAAACACCUCAUCUCGGGAGGAACUCCUGCUCACCAGCAAUGCCACCUUUGAAACCAACCAAGUCCUCUGGACCAGCUGCAGGACUCUCCAUCUUCCAUGGGCAAUCAUACUACUGAGGAAAAAAAGUUUUA